AUUUGCUUAAGCAAACCCAAAUCUAACCAAACCGCCCAUUUUCUGUUAGGUUUGGUGAAGUCAAAAUUUUGUGUUAGCCACCUCAAAUGGGGGUGCCGUAGAUAGCGUAAUUUGAAGAUCACGACCCUCUUCUUAAAUGUAUAACGUAUGGCCACACCCUUGAGCUGCGGAACGAUGGAUAGAAUCUCUGAUCGACUAUCUCACCUCGAUAACCUUUACUUUCCCAUCGCUGCCAAGUCGUCGACCGCCACGCCAUCCUGCCGGAAGUCCCUCCUGCUUGACCUUCUCUCUCGCGACGUCCCUAUUUUCCUAGAGCGCUACGGAUCACUUUUGACAAAGGACGAACUUGGAGAGUUUGAUGCGUUAAAGGAUGAUUAUGAAGUUAAUUGGCACCUACAUCAUCUUCUUAGCCUUAUCAGCCCGACUGAAUCAGAACUGAAGUCCAGAUCAGUUAAGGUCAAGAACCGGAGGAGGGCAUAUAUGGACAAGCUGAUUAGUGGAGGACAGUACUUCUCGGAAGAUGCAAUGAGGGAAAGGGAACCGUAUUUGCACCAUGAGUAUAUCGGGAAGUUUCAGGAUCCUAUUGGGAGGAGCAUGGCGAGGCCUGGGGAGCGAUGGUCGGAGACGCUGAUGAGGCUGUCAGAAGAGGCAAUGUUGGUGGAGAAAAUCAGGAAUGAGCAGAAGAAACGAGGCGUGGCUCAAAGUGAUUGGAUAGGGUUUGGAAGGGAUGCACAUGAAGAAGAGGAACAUGGAGAAAAUGAAGAAGAAGAAGGAGAAGAAGUAGAAGUAGAAGAAGAGGAGGAGGAGGAGGGAUUCGAAGAAGAAAAAGUGGAAAAGGAUGGAAAUAACACUACGACAGAUGGACAAGAGAUACACACAAACAGUAAUGACAGGAGUAGCAACCUCCUCUUGCCUGCAACCAUGAAAGCAGCCGAGGUGGAGAGUGUGUCAUCUGAGGAUAUGCAAGAUCGAAUGGACCAGUUUACAUACAUCAUGCAACACAAAUUUUUGUUAGGGGAAGAUAGCUUUGAUUACUCAAAAAUUGAUGAAGAUGAAAGCUUGGAUGAUCAUUGGAUAAAGGAGGCCAAUUAUGAUGCCGAAGAAAAGUACUUCGAUGACGUCUGAAAGAUCAGUUUGUUCCGACUUCAAAUUCAGUCUCAUUGUAUUUUGUGAAGACGCCAACUGGGAGCAUGCGUUGCGCUCCCAAUCGGCGCAGCUGUUUGCUUUUCUUUUUUUUUUUUGAAAACCAAAAUCUUAAUUCAUUUCAUCAUUGAUAAUGUGAAGAAUACAAUGGGGAAUAAAAGAGAAUUCUUUGGGAGAAGCAUGAUUAAUAGAUACCCUAGCUAAAGCAUGAG